AUGCAAGAUUCGGUCACAUCACAUCAAUACCUUCACCCCGUGAGCAACUAUAAUAAUGGCAACAUUGGAAGCGUUAACAACAUAAUGAGGAGAUCACAAGGAGACAUCAUUGAUUCGGACGAUGAGAAUCCGCUGAGUCCUCCUAAAUUAAGCAAUUUUGGUUCGGCAUUAUUUACAGAUAAGGAGAACGAGACGCCAACAUACCUUAGAAAAUCUGGUGUGGUUGCGCAGCCAGCACCUUAUCCGAACAUAAAUAUGAAUGCCAACAAACCACCUACGCUGACGGGUACCCUGCACAUGGAUGAUGGUUCACAUUCAACGUUGUUUACAUCUGUAUCAAAACACCAGCCGAGUAUGACAACUGUGAAUCAAGAGCAACGGACUCCCGGGGAAGAGGGAUUGGGUUCGUAUAGAUUUCAAAUGAUACAGCAAUCUAUGAAGGAUGAGCUUUCAUCUAGACAAAUAAUGAGACGAAGUAGGCGAUUUAUUACUUCUCGUCUUUCGACCCUAGGGCCAGCUAAAAGAAAUACAACAUUGACUGCGAACCUCGACUUUUCUUCUAAUAUGAGCCAUGAAGACUCGCGUGAUUUAUCACAUCAGGAUGGCAACAUAUCAUCUUCAUCGAACAACCACAGUGGGCUACUACAAAACCAAGAUUAUAAUGUGUUCCUAGAUACAGAACCCAACUGUAGACCGGAUAGCAAAGAAAAUGAUGGGUUAAAGAGCGCUAGCUCGAUUGACUAUGACAACAUAUCCUUUGGGGAUUUGAAUCCUUAUCAAUACUUGAAAAAGCACAAUUUACCAACAAGCGAACUUCCAAAUAUUUCUCGAAUUUAUUUUGAAAUACAAAAGAAGGAGAAUAGACGGGCUGCAGUGAGGAAGAAUAUUUUUACCAACAAUAGCAUCAACAGCAGCAGUACAGCCAAGGACUAUGGCGGCGACAACAAACACAACAACAAACAUAACAACAACAACAACAACAACAACAACAACAACAACAACAACAACAAAAGCAACAACAAUAAUAAUGACUCUGUUAAUAAUAAUAACAUAGGUAACAUACACCUUAAUAUUAGCAAUAGGAACGGUAAUCAAAACCAUAAUACUCACGGUAAUACGAUGGGCACCAAUAAGUGGACUCCCACCCAAACAUUGAGUGUUCCAAAGAGGGAUAGACAGCCUAGACGGAAGACCAGCGAUGCAUCCGUGAGUUCUUUUUCGAAGAUACUGUCGUCUCCUAUCACUGGUGCAGCCAACAACUACGUUGAAUCACAAAAGCAAAUACAACCGCCUAUGCAAAGAAGUCCUGUUUCUCUGGGUCCCCUUCAGCUCAAUCCGAAUACCAAAAAGCGAGAGGCGCUGAAUAAACUGGAUGUUAACUCAACCAAUCAACAGGCUAUAGUCCAUAAAAAACAUAAGUCAGAUGAACAGAACUUUUAUCAUAUUAGAAAGGCUCCGAAUCCUCCUGCAGUAAAAAAAGUAGAGAUUAUUGAACCAGUUAAAGAUACCGUAAUUACUACAAUUCCGUUAAAACCGCCAUCUACAGAAAAUGGAAGUUAUCAAACACCUCAGAGGAAAAGACAGAUUAUCCAAGUUAAUGGUUCAGAGUAUGAAAAAGUAGAGCUUCUAGGCCGAGGUGGAUCCUCAAAAGUGUACAAAGUGCGUAGUUCGAAUAACAAGAUAUAUGCAUUGAAGAGGGUGUCUUUUGAUGAGUUUGAUGAUACCAGUAUAGAUGGGUUUAAGGGUGAAAUUGAGUUAUUAAAAAGGUUAGAAGAUCAAACCCGUGUUGUAAAGUUGAUAGACCAUGAAAUGAAUCACGGUGUGCUAUAUGUUGUUAUGGAAUGCGGUGAUCAUGAUCUUUCUCAAGUUUUAGCUCAAAGGGCAAAUAUGCCUUUUGACAUCGAAUUCGUGCGUUACCAUGCCCAAGAAAUGCUAAAAUGUGUGCAAGUGGUUCACGAUACAGGGAUAGUUCAUUCAGACUUAAAGCCUGCUAAUUUUGUUUUUGUGAAAGGUAUUCUAAAGAUUAUAGACUUUGGUAUUGCAAACGCUGUCCCUGAUCAUACCGUUAACAUAUAUCGUGAUACCCAAAUUGGCACACCAAAUUACAUGGCUCCGGAAGCCUUGGUUGCCAUGAAUUAUACUCCAGACCAAGGCCAAACGGAACAAGAAAUACAACAAAACAGGUGGAAGGUUGGUAAACCAUCGGAUAUUUGGUCUUGUGGAUGCAUAAUAUAUCAAAUGAUUUAUGGAAGGCCCCCAUAUGGUGGGUUUCAAGGCCAAAACAGGUUGUUAGCAAUUAUGAAUCCAGAAGUUAAAAUAGUUUACCCUGAAAAAACAACGCAUGGUGAUCUUGUUCCACGCACUGCACUGGAUACCAUUAAAGCUUGUUUGGAAAGAAACCCGGAAAGAAGAUGGACAGUAGAUGAUCUACUAAGAGGUCCAUUCAUUAAACCUGUAUCUGUGACGCACUUCUUUAUUCGUGAUUUGAUUAAAAACGCUGUUAAGUAUGGUUCUGACCAAAGGUAUGUAUCUAAAGAGAAAGUGGAAGAUUUGGCAGAUGAUGUUUGGAACAGGUUAAGUGAUUUUAGAUUGUAA